AUGGCGGAGAUGAGGAUAAAGAGGAAAGACGGUAGUGGGAGGUGGUAUGUCUUGCGUUUUGUCAAGGAGCAUAACCACAAACUUGCCUAUGGAAAACUUGUAGAUUAUCUGCGGUCACACAAGAAGAUAUCUGAGGAAGAUUAUGGGAUAUUCGGCGAUGUGCUAGCAUUCGAUGCUACAUAUGGCCGCAACAAGUACAACCUACCUGUUGUUGUCUUCUCCGAAGUAAAUCACCACAACCAGACAUGCGUAUUCGCUACAGCAAUGGUUUCAUGCGAUUUGCAGGCGUCAUAUAUUUGGGUUCUUCGACAGUUUCUGGAAUGCAUGCAAGGUAAGACACCGCAAUCAGUCAUCAUGGAUGGUGACCCAGCCAUGUGGAUAGCAAUCCAAUCCAUUUUUCCUAACGCACAUCAUCGGUUGUGUGCUUGGUAUCUACUGAGGAACGCGACUGCUAACAUAUGCGACCCGAGAUUCACACAACUGUUUAGACACUGCAUGCUGGCGGAUAUGGAAAUCGAUGAGUUCAAAGCGCAUUGGGAGGCAAUGCUCAAUGAGUGUGGUGUUAGGGAGGUUAAGUGGGUGAAGGACUUGUACACCAAAAAGCACGCUUGGGUAACAACAUACAUCUGUGGUAGAUUUUUUGUUGGAAUAUGGACUACCUCUAGGUGCGAGUCACUAGAUGCCAAGCUAGGGAGGUUUGUUGAGAGCAGGUACGGCGUGUUAGAAUUUGUCACAAAUUUUCAGAGGUGUGUGGAUUUUCUGCGUGACACAAAGGACGAGCUUGAAUUUCAUUCUUGGUAUAGAACACCUGUACUACAAACCGAUUUUGUUGAGCUGGAAAAGUCCGGCUGGACAAAGUUCACCCGCGAAAUGUUUGUCAGAUUCUGGGAUAGCCUGAAACGGUGUGUUCGUGUUAGAAUAUGUGAAUUAAAUGACACGGUGAACCCGCAUGCAUAUACUCUCCAGAAGUAUCGGAGGCCUAAGAUGGAUUGGAAAGUUUAUAGGGAGCCUAUCUCGAACAGAUUCAAUUACACGUGCAUGCGGAUGGAGUCGUUUGGUAUUCCAUGUGUGCACAUCUUUGCCGUGUGUGUUAGGCUUGACUUAGUGGAAAUCCCUGAAAGCCUCGUGCUGUGUAGGUGGUCCAAGGCAGCCAAAAUGGAGAUCUAUAACGAAUGUAUCGAGCAAUACACUGCUGACCGAAGCGUGACCUAUAGGACACGAUUGGGUGCUUUCUCCCAGCUAUGUAAGCGGUUAGGGCGUGUGGCUUGCAUGAGUGAUGAAGACUUCAAGCUUUACUCAAAGAAGCUUCUGAGCGAUGCUAUCUUCCUUGAAAUAAAGUACGGCAUAAGACCAUCAACGAAUGUUAUCGCAACAGUAAAAGAUUGUGGGGUCAAGGACCCGAUUCGUGUUAGAACAACAGGCACGGAUCGGAUGAGUCAAGCUGGCGAUUCUGCGGCUAAGACCAAAAGAAAGUGCAGGACAUGCGGGAAGCUAGGGCACCGGAGGACUAGAUGCCCUAACAGAGGCGCGCAACCUUCUUCAAGAAAUGACAAAGCACCUGUAGGGGGACACAAACGCAAGCGAUCAAAGGUACCAAGCGUUGUCCCAGAGAAAAGGCAGGCUGAUUAUCCAUCUCAAUCCAGAAGCGACAUGUGGGAACAAUUUUCGCUUGGAGACGCCUGA